CUUUCUCUCUCUCUCUCUCUCUCUCUCUCUCUCUCUCUCUCUCUUAUGGCUCUCUCUUCUGCUUCAGUCUUUAGCCAUCCACUCUCGAUCUCCACCGCUUCUCGCCGCCCUUUAACCGGUUUCCACCGCCGUCAUCACGGUUCUCCUUCUUUUGCUACUUUAAGCUCCCCCUCCUCUGAACCAUCAUCAUCAUCAUCACCACCUCCAGCAGUAGCAACAACUCCUUCAAGUACUGAAAGUAUUUUGUCAUCUACAAUUCAACAACCAAAACCCUUUGUUGAAUCAUCAAGGCCCCAUGAUUCUAGCAGCCUUAACUAUGCGCUAGCCAAUCCCAAUGGUAACCCCAUGGUCCGUUUUGCUCGUUCCACUGAGUCCAACAUUGAGAAGACAAUUUUUGACUUCCGUUUCUUGGCAAUUUUGGCUGUUGGAGGUUCGUUGGCCGGUUCACUGUUAUGCUUUCUAAAUGGCUGCGUUUACAUAGUUGAUGCUUACAAAGUCUACUGGACAUGCUGUGUUAAAGGGAUUCACACAGGGAAGAUGGUUCUACGAUUGGUUGAAGCAAUUGGUAAGUUCUCCAUGUCGUAA